UUUUACUUCCACGGUGGAGAUAUUUAGCCGGCGUGCAAGUAUCUCAUUAUUCUGUGUCAAAAACAUAUGGAAACAUGCUAACGAAAUUUGAAACGAAGUCUGCCAGGGUAAAAGGUUUAUCCUUUCACCCUAAAAGGCCAUGGGUCCUAGCAAGCUUGUUCAAUGGGGUCAUCCAGUUAUGGGACUAUCGAAUGUGUACACUCAUAGACAAAUUUGAUGAGCACGAUGGACCUGUGAGAGGGAUCUGUUUCCACCAACAACAACCUCUGUUUGUGUCAGGUGGUGAUGACUAUAAGAUUAAGGUAUGGAACUACAAACAGAGACGAUGCCUAUUUACACUUCUUGGCCACCAGGACUACAUCAGAACUACAUACUUCCAUCAUGAAUAUCCCUGGAUUCUGAGUGCCUCAGAUGACCAAACUAUCCGGAUAUGGAACUGGCAGUCACGCAGCUGUGUAUGCAUCCUGGCCGGUCAUAGCCACUUUGUAAUGUGUGCAAUGUUUCAUGCUUCGGAGGAUCUGAUUGUGUCAGCAUCCCUCGACCAGACCGUCCGUGUUUGGGAUAUUUCUGGAUUGAGAAAAAAGAAUGUUGCCCCGGGUCCGGGAGGCAUAAAUGAACGCUCUAGGAGUCCAGGACAGACUGACCUGUUUGGUAUGUCAGAUGCAGUGGUGAAGCAUGUGCUAGAAGGGCAUGACCGUGGAGUGAAUUGGGCUGCUUUCCAUUCUACACUUCCCCUCAUUGUAUCAGCCGCUGAUGACAGACAAGUGAAACUCUGGAGAAUGAAUGAGUCAAAAGCAUGGGAAGUGGACACAUGUCGUGGUCAUUACAACAAUGUGUCAAGCUGUCUGUUUCAUCCCCGCCAGGAACUUAUCUUAAGUAACUCUGAGGAUAAGAGUAUCCGUGUAUGGGAUAUGAGUAAAAGAACCGGUGUUCAGACCUUCCGACGUGAACAUGACCGAUUCUGGAUUAUGGCUGCCCACCCAAACCUCAACAUCUUCGCUGCAGGCCAUGACAGCGGCAUGCUUAUCUUCAAACUAGAGCGUGAACGCCCAGCAUAUGCAGUCCAUAACAACAUUCUUUACUAUGUCAAGGAACGUUAUUUGCGUCGCCUUGACUUCACCACAAACAAAGAUAACCCAGUGAUGCAGCUCCGUGGUGGCACAAGAUGUCCUGUUUACAGUAUGUCAUACAACCCGGCUGAGAACAGUGUCCUUCUCUGUACGAGGACAAGUAACCUAGACAACUCUACUUAUGACCUGUAUGGUAUUCCCAAGGACAGCGACUCUUCCAGCCCAGAUGCCCCAGAAGGUAAACGGUCUUCUGGUUUGACUGCUGUUUGGGUGGCAAGGAACAGAUUUGCUGUACUGGACAGAACUCACAAUAUUGUGAUCAAAAACUUAAAGAAUGAGAUCACAAAAAAACUACAGGCUCCCAACUGUGAUGAUGUCUUCUACGCUGGAACUGGUUGUCUUCUUCUCAAGGAUGCUGAUGGUGUCACACUUUUUGACGUACAACAAAAAAGAGCACUUGCCUCCGUGAAGAUUUCCAAAGUGAAGUAUGUGGUGUGGUCCUCAGACAUGUCACAUGUGGCCCUCCUCAGCAAACACAUUAUUUCCAUCUGUAACAGAAAGUUGGAGAACCUAUGUACCAUCCAUGAGAACAUCCGUGUAAAAAGUGGAGCCUGGGAUGAGAGUGGUGUGUUUGUAUACACCACCAGCAACCACAUCAAAUAUGCACUCACCAACGGUGACCAUGGUAUCAUCCGAACUCUUGACCUACCAAUCUACAUCACUCGUAUCAAGGGUAACAGUGUGUACUGUCUAAAUAGGGAGUGUGUUCCAGGAAGGCUUGUCAUUGACCCCACAGAAUUCAAAUUUAAACUCGCCCUUGUCAACCGCAAGUAUGAGGAGGUUUUACACAUGGUCAGAAAUGCCAAACUGGUUGGUCAGUCCAUUAUCUCCUACCUGCAGAAGAAGGGCUACCCUGAAGUGGCUCUCCACUUUGUCAAGGACGAGAAGACACGCUUUGGACUUGCAUUAGAGUGUGGUAAUAUUGAAAUUGCAUUAGAAGCAGCACGCUCCCUGGAUGACCAAGCAUGCUGGGAGAGGUUAGGUGAGGCUGCCCUGCUUCAGGGUAAUCACCAAGUGGUAGAAAUGGCAUACCAGAGAACAAAGAACUUUGACAAGCUUUCCUUCCUCUACCUCAUCACAGGAAACCUAGAGAAACUCCGAAAAAUGAUGAAAAUCGCUGAGAUCAGGAAGGAUACAAGUGGACAUUUCCAGAAUGCUCUGUUUCUGGGGGAUGUCUCUGAGCGUGUUAGGAUUCUCAAAAACUGCGGACAAAAAUCACUGGCCUACCUUACUGCUGCCACCCACGGUAUAGAAGAUGAGGCCGAACAGUUGAAGUCAACCUUUGGGGAGAAAGAUCGUACCCCAGACCUUUACCCUGCUGCCAAGCUUCUUCACCCUCCGGUGCCCAUCAUGCAACAGGAGAGUAAUUGGCCUCUCCUCACAGUGUCCAAGGGCUUCUUUGAGGGGGCCAUGACUGCUGGAAGUGGUAAAGCCAAGGGUCUUGCUAAGGCAGCUGUAGAUAUAGAAGAUGGUGUUGAAGAUGGCUGGGGAGCUGAUGUGGACAACAUUGACCUUGGUGAUGAUGGCUUUGGAGGUGACGAUAUGGAUGAGGAUGAGUUAGGAACUGGAGAAGAUGGAGGAGGAUGGGAUGUGGAUGAUGUUGAGCUUCCUACCGACCUGGACAUUGGUACAACACCAACAGCUGGGGAGGAGGGCUACUUUGUACCGCCAACUAAAGGACAGAGUCAGUCACAGGUGUGGUGUAAUAACUCCCAGCUGCCUGUCGACCAUAUUCUGGCAGGAUCCUUCGAGACAGCAAUGCGGUUACUACACGACCAGAUCGGGGUGGUGAGUUUUGCUACGUAUAAACAGCUAUUUCUACAGACAUACAGCAGAGCAAGGACGUGUUUUCAGGGCGUGCCUACACUGGCUCCAAUGUUUGGCUUCCCACAUCGUAACUGGAAGGAAUCUGGUGCCAGAAAUGGCAUGCCUGCUGUUGGACUGAAAUUGAACACUCUGGUGCAGCAACUACAGGUAGCCUACCAACUGACCACCUCAGGAAAGUUCCCAGAAGCCAUCAUCAAGUUCAGAAAUAUUCUGUUGAGUGUUCCUCUUCUAGUGGUUGACAACAAACAGGAAGUAGCAGAGGCCCAACAAUUGAUAGAGAUUUGUCGGGAAUAUAUAGUUGGACUGUCCAUGGAACAGAAACGAAAGGAGCUCCCUAAAGCCACAUUGGAGGACCAGAAACGACUUUGUGAGAUGGCGGCCUACUUCACUCAUUGUAACCUACAGCCUGUCCACAUGAUCCUCACGCUGCGCACAGCACAAAAUCUUUUCUUCAAAUUAAAGAAUUUUAAAACAGCUGCAUCCUUUGCAAGACGACUUCUUGAAUGUGGUCCUAAGCCUGAAAUAGCUACACAGACAAGGAAAAUGCUGGCUGCCUGUGAAAAGACCCCAACAGAUGCACAUGAGUUGAAGUAUGACCAACACAAUCCAUUCGAUAUCUGUUCUGCAACAUUUACGCCUAUAUACAGAGGAAAACCUGUUGUGAAGUGUCCACUUAGUGGGGCUUGUUAUCAUCCGGACUACAAGGGACAGGUGUGUCGUGUAACACAGGUCACAGAGAUUGGAAAGGACUGUAUAGGGUUAAGAAUUAGUCCGAUACAGUUCCGGUAACUGAGUGAUUGUUUUACUAUUCCAUUAUACUGAUGACAGCAGAACAAGGAUACAGACGUAGUGGAAACAGAUGUUUUUCUUGAAGGAAGAUUUGAUUUAAUGGAGGAAGGAGGUGAAAGACAUGCAUCUGCAAACUUAGUUAUGAUAUGAACUAGUAGAUAUUGAACUGGACAUUGAACGGUUAGGACAAAUAUGAUGAGUGAAGACUAAAGGUGGUAAAAAGAGAUGUUAAAAGUUAUUAUAUGUUGUGACUGUGAUAAUAGAGAGGUGAUGUGUGGCGACAGAUCACAGUGCUGGAAGACAAAAAUUUCAGUGUGGCUAAUAUUCCUAUAUAAUUGAAGUAGUGUUAAAAUUAGUACUGUGGGGGAAAAGCCAAAAUGUUUCUAUCUUUUAAAUAUACCUGUGUUGAUUUAAAGACAGUCUCCUGGAUAAUUUACAUUACAAAUGUAGAUAUAUUCUAAAUGUUUCCAUCUAUAGUGAAAUCAUAAAGAAAAACUGUCAUAUGUUGUUUUGAUUUUCACUACCAUAUACAGAAGUUAAAAUGUGUGUAAUAUCAUUUAUAAACACCCAAUCAUGUGACCUUAUAACAUUGGAAUUAUUGCAUGACCUUGAAUAAAAUGUGAAUAUUCAGUUAG